AAGCACCAAAACUUUUCCAAUCAAGAGUUCCAAGACUGCAACGACAACAACUCACCGGCAGGCUGCUGUUGAUCUUCUGCUUGAGGCAGGCAAGGAGGAAUAGCAAGGCCACCAAUAACUAAUUAAUACUCCAGGGAAGAUGGAGAUAGCGACGGGUGCGAUGAGUUCCCUCCUCGUCAAGCUGGCUGAACUGCUAACUGAUGAAUACAAGUUGCAGACAAGCCUAAGGGGUGAGAUCAUGUUUCUGAAAGCCGAGCUUGAGAGCAUGGAAGCUGCCCUCGAGAGGGUGUCAGAGGCUCCUGUAAUUGAAAACCAGGUUAAUAUAUGGGCAAAUGAGGUGAGAGAGCUGUCCUAUGACAUCGAGGAUAGUAUUGAUAAAUUCAUGGUGCGCAUUGACACCCAUCCAUCAGCCACACCACAGGGAUUCAAAGGGUUCAUUAGUAGGAGCUUGAGAUUGUUGACAGCUGCCAGGACUCAGCAUCAGAUUGCAAUGGAAAUUGGAGAUAUGAAGACCCUUGUCAAGGAGGUGGCUGAGCGCCGCAAUAGGUACAAGGUUGACACUGUUGUCAUCCCACCUUCUUUAGCAACAAACAUCGACCCUCGUUUGCAUGGUAUCUAUGAAGAAUCAGCAAAACUCGUUGCGAUCAGUGGCCCAAGAGAGGAACUAGCUGAGUUGCUCGUGCAAGAGGGCACAUCCAAGCAACUGAAAGUGGUAUCCAUUGUCGGAGUUGGUGGUUUGGGUAAGACAACUCUUGCUAAUGUGAUGUACCAACAGUUGAAGGGACAAUUCGAAUGCAAUGCUUUUGUGCCAGUGUCCCUCAAACCUGAUAUGAAGAGAAUUCUAGGCAGCGUACUCCGUCAAGUUAGCGAGCAAAGUUAUAUGAGCAUUGAAACAUGGGAUGUUGUUGAACUCAUCAACAAAAUCAGACAAGUUCUUGAGAAUAAGAGGUACUUCAUUAUAAUUGAUGAUAUCUGGGAUGAAUCAGCUUGGAAUUUGAUCAAAGAUGCGCUCAUUGAUAGCAACUGUGGUAGCAGAGUGAUCACAACAACUCGUAUAGCUGGGGUUGCUGCAGCAUGCUGCUGUUUUACUGGUGGUACAAUCUAUAAGCUAAAACCUCUUUCUCAUAUUGACUCGAAGAAGUUGUUCUACAAAAGAAUAUUUGGCGACAAAGAUAGUUGCCAUCCAGAACUGAAAGAAAUAUCAGAGAAAAUUUUGAGAAAAUGUUAUGGAGUGCCAUUAGCCAUCAUCACUAUAGCUAGUCUUCUGGCCAAUAAACCAAAGAACAUAAAUCAGUGGAAUAGUGUGCAUAGUUCUAUCGGUUCUGGAACUGAAAAGUUCCCUGGUAUGAAGAACAUGCGCCAAAUAUUAUCUAUCAGUUAUUAUGAUUUACCUUCCCAUCUAAAACCUUGUUUGCUGUAUCUAAGUGUUUAUCCAGAGGAUCACACUAUUUUGAGGGAUCAGUUGAUACGAAGAUGGAUAGCUGAAGGCUUUAUCCGUGGCAAUGAUGUUGAAACUUCAAAUAAUCUCGGGCACCAUUACUUCAAUGAGCUCAUAAACAGAAGCAUGAUUCAACCUGAGCAUGUUGAUGGUCGUGGCAUGGUUGGAGCUUGCCGUGUGCAUGACAUGGUGCUUGAUCUCAUCAUAUCAUUAUCAAUCAAAGAAAAUUUCGCCAUUACAUCACAUCAUCACCAACAUACACAUCUUCCAAAGACGAUUCGCAGAUUUUCCCUCAAUAGUAGUGAUGAAGAGAACGCCAGAGGAGAGGUGGCCUUGAGUUUGUCCCAUGUGAGAUCACUUAUUGUCUUCCCUGGAGCUACUAACUUGAUGCCUUCUCUUUCAAGCUUUCAAGUUUUGCGAGUAUUGGACUUAGAAGGUUGUCGUGACCUGCAAAACCAUCACAUUAGUAAUGUUGGGAGUUUAUUUCAUUUAAGAUAUCUAGGACUGAGGGAUACAAAUAUUACCAGCCUCCCAAAAGAAAUAGGGAAUCUAAAUUAUUUGCACACCCUAGACAUGAAGCAAACAAGCAUAAGUUAUCUGCCAUCAACAGUUGUUGGGCUGAAACAACUGAUGCGCCUAUAUAUUGAACCAUCAGUGAUUCUGCCAGAUGGGAUAGGGAACAUGGUGUCUCUACAAUUUCUGUCAUCCGUUUGUGUCAACAGAUCUGCAAACUUUGCAAAAGAACUAGGCAGGCUAUCGGAAUUGAGAACGCUCCACAUUUCAUUUAUUAACACAUGGCAUGAGAGCCACAAGCAUUGUUUCGUUGAUUCUUUAUGCAACCUGAAGCAAAUCCAGGAACUGCACAUUGAUUCUACAGGAAUGUCCACUGAGAUCAUUGUGGAUUUAGCAUGGGUUCCUCAGUAUCUCAAAAAUUUCUCAGGAAGUAUGCCUAGAUUGCCAAGGUGGAUGAACCCCAUGCUAUCAGAUCUGACAACUAUGACCAUGACACUGAAAAUACUACGACAGGAAGAUAUCCAAAAUCUUGGAGGCUUACCAUUUCUGCAAUUCCUUUGUGUUACUGUGUUAACAACUUAUUCUGCUGAAGAAAAGACCAUUGUUAGCACUCAUGGAGCAAAGUUCCAGUCUCUAUCUGAAUUUCACUUUCACAAUGAUAGCAUGGGGCUAUUUUUCGCACAGGGAGCUAUGCCAAAGCUUGAAAUCCUUGAGGUCACAUUCAAAGUGCAGGAGAGAAAGGAUGCAUAUGGUGAUUUUGAUCUUGGCUUGGAGAAUCUCUCUUCCAUUAAGCUGGUCAUCAUUAGGAUUAGCUGUACAGAUUCGACCGUUUAUGAGGUGUAUGAUGCUGAUUCUGCCAUGAGGAAGGCAGCUGGUUUGAAUCUCAACCAUCCUAAGCUUGAGGUGAUAAGGUAUUAUGAAGAUGAAAUGGUAGAAGACGAACUCCAAUGCAAUAAGAAAAUAUUGAAGGAUGAUGAUGAUGAGGUUGUUCAAAGGAGGGGGCCAUGGGGUGGAGAUGGAGGGAGAACUCACGACAUCACUGUGGCACCCCAAAGUCUAAAGAGUGUGAAAGUUUGUAGUGCUGUUGUGGUGGAUGCACUUGGUUUUUCUUACCUUGACAGAAAUGGGAGGGAACACAACACACCACUUUGGGGUGGUGUUGGUGGAAGUAUCCGCACGAUUAAUCUUGAUCCUUCGGAGUUUGUGAAGGAGGUCUCCGGAACGUACGGUCCAUUCUCUGAUCUUCCCAAGAAUAAUGUUAUUACGUCACUUACCCUGGUGACCAAUUUAUACAGUUAUGGACCUUUCGGACAACCAUCAGGAACCCCCUUUCAUACUCGAGUGGACAAAACCGGCAGCAUUGUUGGCUUCUUUGGGCGCUCUGGGGCAUAUCUUGAUGCAAUUGGUGUUUAUGUUCGACCUUCUGGAUCGUAGCUUCAAGCUACUGCUUGCUUGUAUUGAUCUUUGGCAAACCGAUGCUCCUCCAGCACAAUCUCUAGUUGUUGCUCUCUAGCUCCAAAGUGUGGCACACCAUGCAUACACGUUCUAGUCUGCCCUUCAUAGCAAGAGCUCCCAAAACCUUGCAUAAUAUGUUCCUCUGAACAAACCUGCAUCAUGUUUAUAUCACUCUUCAGUUAGUGAAUAAUUGAGCAUCAUGUUUAUUUUGCCUACAUAGUAGGAAGUCCAAGGUUUCUGAGGAUUUGG